AUGUCGCUGGCUGAGAGCGUGACUUCGGCGAGCAGACCGCAGGCGCGAGGGAGACGCGAGGGAGGCGAGCCGGAGCCCGAGCGCUAGCAGCAGCCCGAGUCGGUGGAGAGCACCCGGGCGCAGCCGGAGCCAGUGCUGCAGCCACGAUGGCUGUGGCCAUGCGGACACCGUCUAAUGAAGAGCUUCGAAACUUGUCUUUGUCUGGCCAUGUGGGAUUUGACAGCCUCCCUGACCAGCUGGUCAAGAAGUCUACUUCUCAAGGAUUCUGUUUCAACAUCCUUUGUGUUGGUGAGACAGGCAUUGGUAAAUCCACAUUAAUGGACACUUUGUUCAACACCAAAUAUGAAAGUGACCCAGCUACUCACAAUGAACCAGGUGUCCAGUUAAAAGCCAGAAGUUACAAGCUUCAGGAAAGCAACGUACGGCUGAAGUUAACCAUCGUUGACACAGUGGAAUUUGGAGACCAGAUAAAUAAAGAUGACAGCUAUAAGCUGAUAGUAGAAUAUAUUGACGCCCAGUUCGAGGCCUACGUGCAAGAGGAACUGAAGAUUAAACGAUCUCUCUUCAACUACCAUGACAUGAAGAUCCAUGCCUGCCUCUACUUUAUUGCCCCUACUGGACAUUCACUAAAAUCCCUGGAUCUGGUCACCAUGAAAAAGCUGGACAGUAAGGUGAACAUCAUCCCAAUAAUUGUGAAAGCUGACACCAUUGCCAAGAAAGAGCUGCACAAAUUCAAGAGCAAGAUCAUGAGUGAACUAGUCAGCAAUGGGGUCCAGAUAUAUCAGUUCCCCACUGAUGAGGAAACAGUGGCAAAGAUUAACACAACGAGUGUCCAUCUCCCAUUUGCAGUGGUUGGCAGCACCGAAGAGCUGAAGAUUGGCAACAAGAUGGCAAAGGCCAGGCAGUACCCUUGGGGUGUGGUGCAGGUUGAGAAUGAAAACCAUUGUGAUUUUGUGAAACUUCGAGAGAUGCUGAUCCUGGUGAACAUGGAAGACUUGUGAGAGCAGACUCACACCCGCCACUACGAACUGUACGGACGCUGUAAGCUUGAAGAGAUGAGGUUCAAGGACACCGACCCUGACAGCAAACCCUUCAGUCUUCAGGAGACAUAUGAAGCAAAAAGGAAUGAAUUCCUGGGUGAACUGCAGAAGAAAGAAGAAGAAAUGAGACAAAUGUUUGUUAUGAGAGUGAAGGAGAAAGAAGCUGAACUUAAAGAGGCAGAGAAAGAGCUUCACGAGAAGUUUGACCUUUUAAAGUGGACACACCAAGAAGAAAAGAAGAAAGUGGAAGACAAGAAGAAGGAGCUUGAGGAGAAAGUGAACAACUUCCAGAAGAAGAAAGUGGUGGCUCAGUUACUACAGUCCCAGGCCCAGCAAUCUGGGGCCCAGCAAACCAAGAAAGACAAGGAUAAGAAAAAUGCAAGCUUCACAUAAAGCCUGGCAAGUCAAGAAUGUUCCCGCAUUCACCUGCUUUUGCAGUAAUAUCGUAACUCUGCCAUAUGUGUUCUUUAGUUUUAUUUUAUUUUUUUUACCCUUCCUCAAACACCAGUAACUAUUAUUAACUCAUUUUGCUGAAUGUUGUUGGGUGGUAGAAAGUGACAGAACAAGGGACUAGCUGCAAAAGCACUGUGCAGCUGGACUGUUUUUGGAAAGUAAAUGAUCUGCUUUUUAUG